ACAGCGUGAGGAGGAGGUGACCUGUUUCACUUUGCAACUAUUUACUGGAUACCUUUUGUGGAGUAAAACAGACGCCAUGGCUUCUUCCCUCGGACUUCUUCUUUCACUUGUGAUCUGCGUUGAAGACCUAUUUGUUUUAUAAAUCCCUCAGAAUCACUGUGGUGCACUUUGUCCCGAGGCUGCAAACAUCGCUACGGGGCUCCGCAAUGACAAUAAGAAAAGUUUUGCUGUUUUGCACGUUUUUCCUUAGGAACCACUUCAAAUGGCUUGACGCAAGAAGUGCGCCAGAAGUCCGCUUCUGAUCUCUGGACUCCUAACUACUUUUGGUCACCAUCUUUGAAAGCUACUUUUCGGCUGCAGGCGCGCACGCCAUGACCCCCUGUUGGAUCGCCUUAGUCGGGUUGUGCUUGGCCGCCUAUGACUGCUCCUCGCCGGACAGCAGCAGCCAUGCGCACCCGGGCUUCCUCCAGCGGCGCCUCAGGACGCAUGAGAGGAGGGAGAUGCAGAAGGAGAUCCUGUCCAUCCUGGGACUGCCGCACAGACCCAGACCGCAUAUGUCCCACGCCAAGUACAACUCUGCUCCGCUCUUCAUGCUGGACCUGUACAACACCAUGUCCAUAACCGGCGAGGACGUCGGCCAAGCGGACGUCUUGCUGGAGCGCUACGAGCCGAUGCGGACCACCCGGAGCCCAGCGCUCCCCUCCUAUCAAGAAACGGCCUUUCUCAACGACGCAGACAUGGUGAUGAGCUUCGUUAACUCGGUGGAGCACGACCGGCAGCUCUCUGCACAGCGGCGCAACCACAAAGAGUUUAAGUUCAACCUGUCGCAGAUCCCCGAGGGCGAGGCCGUGACGGCGGCCGAGUUCCGCCUGUACAAGGAGUGCGUGAGCCGAGCGUUCCGCAACGACACCUUCCUCCUCAGAGUCUACCAAGUGGUCAAGCAGCACUCGGACAGAGAAGCUGACUUGUUCCUCCUGGAGUCUCGCUGGCUGUGGGCGCAGGAAGAAGGCUGGCUGGAGUUUGACAUCACGGCCACAAGUAACCUUUGGGUGAUGAGUCCGCUGCACAACUUGGGCCUGCAGGUCAGCGUGGAGACCAACAGCGGACAAAGCAUCAGCCCCAAAGACGCUGGGCUGAUCGGGCGUGACGGCGCUCUGGAGAAGCAGCCCUUCAUGGUGGCGUUCUUCAAGGUCAGCGAUGUGCACAUCCGCACAACUCGCUCCGCCGGUGGCAAGCGCCAGCGCCAGCAGAACCGCAACCGAUCCACGCAGACGCAGGAGGCGUCCAGAGGGCCCGGCCAAGCAGACUACAACAGCAGCGAUCAGAAGACGGCCUGCAGAAGACACGAACUCUACGUCAGCUUUCGAGAGCUCGGCUGGCAGGACUGGAUCAUCGCACCUGAAGGCUACGCCGCCAACUACUGCGAUGGCGAGUGCUCCUUCCCCCUCAACGCCCACAUGAACGCCACCAACCACGCCAUCGUGCAGACGCUGGUGCAUCUGAUGAACCCCGAGAACGUGCCCAAGCCCUGCUGCGCCCCCACCAAGCUGCACGCCAUCUCCGUGCUCUACUUCGACGACAACUCCAACGUCAUUUUGAAGAAGUACAAGAACAUGGUGGUGCGGGCUUGCGGUUGUCACUGACCCCCUGUGGUGGCCUCAAGGAGACACUGCAGCCAUUGCAGGAUUGAAUGAACCUUCAUGGACGUCCGUUAAUAUGACGCACCUUCUCAGACGGACAACUGCUUUCUGUUUGCAACAUUGAGGUGGGUUGGAAAUGCUAAUUGCAUCUUUUUCCAUAGGAGAGAGGAAUCCAGUACCUUAAAGUGGCCUUAACGUUCUUAUCAGGUCUGCUGAGUCCCAAGUCCAUCUAGAACACAAUCUUGCUCACGUCGCAUUUUAGAAAGUUGGCCCACAGCAUCAAAUGGAUUCUGCUCAAUGAGUCAAAUCGGUGCUAAUUUGCAGCUCAAUCGUAUUUUUGUGUUCUUUCUCCCUCCUGUUUGCGUUUCGAUCGCCGUAUUUACACUCCUAAAAUAAAAGUGACUAAAGCAAAGUGUCCGCAGGCUAUUUUAGCAGCCUCACUGUCAAUAUUUGCCUCGUCUAACAUGAUGCAUGUCCCGGCUAAAAGUGAUGUUGUGGUCCAAAUCUUUCCAUGUGCGACUGUGGAGUCUUUUCCACGACAAAUUGGAAAAUCUAAGGGCAAGAAUCAUCACAAAUAUUUUUUUGUGUCAAAUACAAAAUAUACCUCUGGUAAGCUGCUGUUUACAUUUGUGUUGUGUAAAUACUUGUACAUUAUUUUAUUUAUUGCACCUUUUAUUAAGAAGAAAAUAAAUUACACCUUAGUAUAAGAGAUAAGAACAAAACCUAUUUUGAAAUUUUUUAUUAUGAAAUCUCAUGUUACAACCGUUUUUUUUUUUUUUUUUACUAAACCAUGGGCAGUGCACAACCCAUGAGUGGGAAAAACACGAAAAAAAGUGUUA